AGCCCCGGAAGGGCGGAAAGGGAACGGCGGAGGCGGCGGUGACUCAGCCUAUAGCGCUGGAGACAGACGGGUUAAGUGGGCGUGGCCGGCAUCGCCCCGCCCCCACAGACCCCGCCCGCGGAGGCCUGGGCCGGCCUGCGUAUUUAUAGAGGCGGUGCCCCGCGCGCCGGGGCGUCCCCGUGCCCAGCAGCCCCGCGUCAUGGAGCGGCCGGCGCCCUUGGCCGUGCUGCCCUUCUCCGAUCCCGCGCACGCCCUGAGCCUGCUGCGCGGCUUGAGCCAGCUGCGCGCUGAGCGCAAGUUCCUGGACGUGACCCUGGAGGCGGCGGGCGGCCGCGACUUCCCCGCGCACCGCGCUGUGCUGGCGGCCGCUAGCCCCUACUUCCGCGCCAUGUUCGCGGGCCAGCUGCGCGAGAGCCGCGCCGAGCGCGUGCGCCUGCACGGGGUGCCGCCCGACAUGCUGCAGCUGCUCCUGGACUUCAGCUACACCGGCCGGGUGGCCGUGAGUGGCGACAACGCCGAGCCGCUGCUGCGCGCCGCGGACCUGCUGCAGUUCCCCGCCGUGAAGGAGGCGUGCGGCGCCUUCCUGCAGCAGCAGCUCGACCUGGCCAACUGCCUGGACAUGCAGGACUUCGCCGAGGCCUUCAGCUGCUCUGGGCUAGCGAGCGCGGCGCAGCGCUUCAUCCUGCGCCACGUGGGCGAACUGGGCGCCGAGCAGCUGGAGAGGCUGCCGCUGGCGCGCCUGCUGCGCUACCUGCGCGACGACGGGCUGUGCGUGCCCAAAGAGGAGGCGGCCUACCAGCUGGCGCUGCGCUGGGUGCGCGCGGACCCGCCGCGCCGGGCGGCGCACUGGCCGCAGUUGCUGGAGGCUGUGCGCCUGCCCUUCGUGCGCCGCUUCUACCUGCUGGCACACGUAGAGGCCGAGCCGCUGGUGGCGCGCUGCCCGCCUUGCCUGCGUCUGCUGCGCGAGGCCCGCGACUUCCAGGCGGCGCGCUACGACCGGCACGACCGCGGGCCCUGUCCCCGCAUGCGUCCGCGCCCAUCCACCGGCCUGGCGGAGAUCCUGGUGCUGGUGGGAGGCUGCGACCAGGACUGCGACGAGCUGGUAACGGUCGACUGCUACAAUCCGCAGACGGGCCAGUGGCGCUACCUGGCCGAGUUCCCCGACCACUUAGGAGGGGGCUACAGUAUCGUGGCGCUGGGCAACGACAUCUACGUGACGGGUGGGUCUGAUGGCUCCCGGCUCUAUGACUGCGUGUGGAGAUACAACUCAAGUGUGAACGAGUGGACGGAGGUGGCACCUAUGCUCAAGGCCCGAGAGUACCACAGCUCAUCUGUACUGGACGGGCUACUGUAUGUGGUGGCAGCCGACAGCACAGAGCGCUAUGACCAUGCCAGCGAUUCCUGGGAGGCCCUGCGGCCUAUGACCUACCCCAUGGACAACUGUUCCACUACUGCCUGCCGAGGCCGGCUCUACGCCAUUGGCUCCCUGGCAGGCAAGGAGACCAUGGUGAUACAGUGCUAUGACCCUGACACGGACCUGUGGUCGCUGGUGGACUGUGGCCAGCUCCCACCCUGGUCCUUUGCACCCAAGACUGUGACUCUGAAUGGACUCAUGUACUUCGUCAGGGACGACUCUGCCGAGGUGGACGUGUACAACCCCACAGAGAACGAAUGGGACAAGAUCCCGUCCAUGAAUCAGGUCCAUGUCGGGGGCAGCCUGGCCGUCCUGGGAGGCAAGCUCUAUGUCUCUGGGGGAUAUGACAAUACCUUUGAACUCUCGGAUGUGGUGGAGGCAUAUGACCCGGAGACCCGGGCAUGGAGUGUGGUAGGGCGGCUUCCAGAGCCCACCUUCUGGCAUGGCAGCGUGAGCAUCUUCCGCCAGUUCAUGCCACAGACACCAGCAGGGGGCCGUGGCUUUGAGCUGAACAGUGGCAGCAAUGACGUGGAUGCAGGCCACCACAGGCUGCCACAGAACCCUGAGGAGCUACACUAGCCCAGGCCUGGCCCAGGGGAGGGCCUUGGUGCAAGGGGCCUGGCGCCUGCAGAGGCCAGGAUGGGUCACCAAGCAGAGCAGUGGCGCAUGGGUGCUGAGUGAGCCCCUAGAUGCAUCGUGUGAAGGUUUCUGUGCAUUCGGAGCCUAUGCCACAGCUUCCUGGGACAAAGCUGGUGGUGACUGCUUAUGUGGUCAAGAACCCGUGGCUUCUCCACCAUUGAGUAUCUCAGCCUUCAGAAGUUACCUCCAGCUUACAGCAUCCAACUCACCAUGCGAUGUGCCUCUCCUUGCUGCCACCUCCUGGGCCUGCUUCCGCCCAGAGCAAAGAGGAAGGUUCCCUGUGAUAGUCAGAAAGUAGCCUGUCCCAGAGCAUUGGGGAUGCAGGAAGACAAAGGCUGCAACAGAGUGCUAAACUCCACAUUUGGUACCAAAGAUCCCUGUAGCCAGUGCUGCAGGUAGAGGGGUGUCAGCCCACCCAGCUUCCCACCCCACCAAACAGGGUGGGCCUUCAGGAGUUGAGUCCUGAGCUGAGCUACUAAUCCACAGUGUGAGCCUGAAGGAGUCUGUUUCUGUGGUACAUGUUCUCACCUGGGAAGAAGGCCCUCCCUGGGGCUCUUUCCCAGGCCUACAGGAGAUGACCAGUGCUCACAACACUGGCUUGCUGUGGCCCCUCCUUUGGAAUCUGACAGUUGGCCCAGUGGGCAGAUGCUGGGCCUGGGAGUAGAGACUCCUGCUUCUAAAGAAAGCCGAGUGGGGUAGCCCCAGCCCUGGGCUUUAGGUUUGAAAUGCUUGUGGUUUGACCUGGAGAAGCAGAAAGUUGGUAGCAGUAAGACACAAGUUGGUUUUGUCUGACAAGAUGUACAAGCCAUCAUUGCUAGAAUUUCUCUGCCAUUGUGUGGAAAACCAGGAUUCCUAGGAUUUUAGGCCCAGGAGCAUGAGAGCCAGAGUAUCUGAACCACAGCUUAGGGGAUCCCUGGGUUUCUGUGUGCCUUUGAGUGGUUUCAUGGGUUUUGGGGCUGGGACCCGUCAGUACCCAGUGGCCUCUGGCCACCUCUGAGUGGCUAUGGCAUGUUUUGACCCAGGUGCUGCCAGCCCAUCCCUCCGGGGCCUCUCCUCCCUCUUGGCCAAGUACACUCUUGCAGUGAGCCUUAAAGAGCUGCCUCCCAAGACCACUCAGAGGCGCUGAGUGUUCUGUGAGGUGCCUUGGCACAGCAGGGUGGGGGCCUGUGAAUCAGGUAUGAAGUUCGGUACAGGCGACAGCAGGCUGCCCUGUCCUUUUGGGACAGAGGAAGAGCUGUAUCGCUGUACUCCUGUGACCUGCAGUAGUUACUGCGUUAUAGUGCACAUUUGCAUAGGACCUUCUGCUCGCCUUGCUCCAGAAAUACUCAGGUUUCUAGGACCCCAUGAAGACUAGCAGAGUAGGCACUCACUGUGGGCCAUUUCUCCCUGAGCUCCACUUGUGCCAUGGGCUCUGGGCCCGACCCUAACAUUUAACACGUCUCUACACUAACAGGGAUUGAAGCUGGGACACCUAGGGAUGGGACUGUCCCUUGUCACAUGUAUAAAGCUUUUAUAUGUCAGGACAAAAUUAAGUUAUGAAAAGUUCUGUGCCUGAUUUUUGAUGCUGAUCUGUAAGGGAUUUCUUAUAUUUAUGACUUCAGAGACUUUUUUUUUUAAGAGACAGUGUUUCUCUGUGAAGCCUUGGCUAUCCUGGGCUCACUUUGUAGACCAGGCUGGCCUCGAACUCACAAGAUACACCCACCUCUGCAUCCCAGAGUGCUGGGAUUGGGAUUACAGGCAUGCGCCACUAUGCCCAGAGACUUUGGAGACUUAUAUAAUGAAGAUCUCCUUCUUUAGGUGACUAGCAUUUAGUCACCAGUGGCUGGGGCAGAUUUGUAUAUUUAUUUUUGUUUAUUCUGUAGGCUUCUAUGUCAAGCAUCCUAAGGUUUUAGGAUACUUACCCACUUUUUGAAAUAAAAUGUUUCCUAUA